GCCUGUAGUGCCCAAGUGUCGCAGAGAGGCAGCUUCUGUUUGGAAAUAAUGUCUGUGCGAAGCGGUGUGGAGAACGGCAACAGUGUGAAUUCUCUCCCAGGAGGCACUACUCGUACUAAAGGUCAAUUUAAAAAAAAUGCUUCCAUUAACGGAGAACCAGAAUUGCGGAUGCUCAAGAUUUGCUUCUUAGAGGGAUCUUCUAGGAUGUCUGAAGAUCACGCCGGCUUUGACCCUCAUGUUCCUUGGAAAUCGGGGUUUUCUAAUGCGGAUCUGCGCCUGGAAUCUCAGAGAGAGAAAACGGGAUCGUGA